AUGACACGGUGGGCGUUCCGGUUCCGCCCAAGCGAGCGACCCAAAGCCCUGCACCUUGCACGUUCAAUUGCCCGUUCCGGCGUCGACUGGGUCCUCGUGGAUACUGAGCAUGGUAAUCUCGACGACGCCGCUAUGCAUGAAGCGGUGCAAGCGAUUGCUGGAUGCAGUGUUAGCCCAGUAGUUCGUAUUCCUGCUUGCGAAGGAUGGAUGUUCAAACGUGCCUUGGACGCUGGCGCCCAUGGCAUUAUGGUCCCGCUUAUUAGCAGUGCAGAUGAUGCAAGAACUGCAGUGAAAUACUCCAAGUUCCCCCCAAGAGGAAUCAGAGGUUUUGGAAGUCCUUUCCCGAUGGGAGCUUUCGGUAUCUCGUCGACUGUUGAUUACCUUGAACAAGCAAACGACAGCCUUGUCACUAUUGUUCAAAUUGAAACCAAGGAAGCUUUGGAAAACGUGGAUGAGAUAGCAGCGGUUGACGGUAUCGAUGUCCUUUACGUCGGGCCAUUCGACCUUGGAAACUCCAUCGGACACCCAAUAACCUCCGACACGUUGCAUCCGAACCUGCAUGCCGCCAUUGAAAAGGUCUACAAUGCGGCGGCCGCGGCCGGAAAGAGGGCUGGUAUCUACUGUGUUGAUGGCGAUCAAGCCCACAUGUUUUCGCAAAAAGGGUUUCAUAUGUUGUCGGUGUCCUCUGACAUGGGCGCGUUGGGCACUUACAUGUCGCAAUCGCUCCGGAAGGCCAAAGGUGAUGCCGAAAGUGUCAUUCAGGUUUCUACUGGUCCCUAUGGAUCUUAG